AUGCAGUUUAAAAAGAGAUUCACUUUAAUCUGCAUGUGUGGAACUGUCACGGUUGUCGGCUAUCUCAUCUAUUUCCAUGCCUUGUCCGAGUACAACAGCCAGCCUAGCAAGUCCCAGCGCCGGAGAACCGUCGUUCUCGGCCAACACUCCUCGGGUAGUGGGGCCAGGAACAAUCCGAAUUCUUUCCUCAUCGACGACGUUGACAGUGUGUUCGCGGACGACCAACAUGGAGACCCCAGGUUUCGGUCCCAGGGGGAGACGGCCAAGGACUGGCGUAAGUGCCGAAUGGAAACCUGCUUCGACUUUGACAGAUGUAAACACGGGUUUAAAAUUUAUCUCUACCCCCGCCAGGCGCCGGUCUCGGCGCCCUAUGCCAAAAUUCUGAGUGUGUUGGAGAAGUCUCGUUACCUUACAGCCAACCCACAAGAAGCCUGUGUGUUCAUUCCAACAAUCGACACCUUGGACCAGGAUGUUUUAAGUAAAGAUUAUGUUCCAGAUGUAGAAAAGAAGCUGGAAAGUCUCCCUUAUUGGAAUGGAGGCCGCAAUCAUCUUUUAUUUAAUCAGUAUUCGGGAACCUGGCCGCUGUAUUCCGAAGAGUUAAAAUUUAUUAAACAGGCCAUGCUGGUGAAAUCUAGCAUGUCCAUUGACUGGAUCAGAUAUGGAUUUGAUGUAUCCAUGCCUCUAUUUCCCAAAGACCAUCCACAGUCUGGUGGUGAGAUGGGCUAUCUCCACAAUGCAUCAAACUCAAUCCCUUCAGUUAGGCACUACCUGCUGGCGUUCAAGGGAAAACGCUACUUGAACGGUAUCGGUUCGGAUACAAGGAAUAGUUUGUACCAUAUCCACAACGGCAAGGACAUCAUAGCUCUGACAACUUGUAAACAUGGGAAGGGCUGGGAGAAGCUCAUGGAUGAUCGCUGUCUGCAGGAUAAUGAGGAGUACGAAAA